ACACCAUCAUGCCUGUGGAACAGAUUUCAUACUCAGAGAAAUAUUUUGAUGAACAUUUUGAGUACAGACAUGUUAUCCUACCACCUGAUAUUGCCAAGCUUGUGCCGAAGAAUCACUUGAUGACGGAGACAGAGUGGCGAAAUAUUGGUGUGCAGCAGUCCCCAGGCUGGAUCCAUUACAUGGUGCACUCACCAGAACCACACGUAUUACUGUUUCGACGACCAGUACCACAGACACAGAAAUCCCAGGUGUCCCAGGCCAUCCCCACACAGGUACACUAAUGAAGCUUUCAACACAGAAUCUGUGGUGGACUGAUGGAGAAAACGCUGGUCUGAGAUCCAGAUCAACAGAGAAAAUGAUGUCGCUCAGUGUGUGAUUGAAAAACAGUCCUCAGACAAUAGGAGUGUCUGAGAGAAGCUUUAUAACAGGUGUACUUUGUUAAGCAUUAAGUGGGUAUACUUUUA